ACAGUCCUUCUCCAUAAACAAACCUGCUCAACAAUUACUUGUUCUGUUUUUCAUAACCACACCAAAAUGCUUUCACCAACUUCACCAUAACAAUAACAAUAACAACCAAACCUCAACACCUCUCUCUCUCUUUCAUUACAUGCCACGUCAUCAUUUAUUUCAUUCAUAAUUAGUUUCACUGUAACAACAACACACACAACGUGAAAAUGGGAAACACAAAUUCCUCACACAACCUUUUCAUAACCGUAACCGUUUUCGCCGUUACCGUCACCGUUUUCUUCAUUCUCUACUUCAUCCUCCGUCGUCGCCGUUUCUCUCCGUCAUCCUCCUCCAUUUUUAGAGUUUCUCCGGUCACCACGACUUCGUCCACUUCAUCUUCCGUCGUUGAUUCUCUCCCGAUUUUCACCUUCUCAUCCAUCAAACGCCGUUCCUCCACCGUUGUCUCCGGCGACUGUGCCGUUUGCUUAUCAAAGUUCGAGCAAAACGAUCUCCUCCGUCUUCUUCCUCUCUGCUGUCACGCAUUCCACACGGAAUGCAUUGACGCUUGGUUAUCGUCGAAUCAAACCUGUCCGUUAUGUCGAUCAUCCGUAUUCGCUUCGGAAUCGGAGAUUAUGAAGAUUUUCCGUUCAUCCUCCACCUCUUCCGGUAACAACAGCUUUCGUUUAGAGAUAGGCAACAUCAGCAACCGCCGUGAAGCAACCGCAACUGACAAUAACAAUAACAAUGUCGCCGGAGAAACUGACCAGAGGACUUACUCCGUCGGCGCGUUUGAGUAUUUCGUCGACGAGGAAGCUGAGAUUCCGGUUGGAAACACUAAUCGGAGAAUAUUUUCCGGUGAAAAAGAGGAUGCGGUGGUGCUUGCGGUGGAGGUGGAGACUCCGGUGGCUUCUCAGGCGAGUUUAAUCGGUGAAGGUAACUGGUUGAAGGAUUACGUUGAUGGUUUAACAAGAGUGAUGUCGUUUCGAGGUUCUGGAAGAUUCUUUACUGGAAGUGGUAGACGAAACGACGUCGUUGCUGGUGUUGGAGAUUUUGAUGUUGAAGCUAAUGGUAAUGGAUUUGGGGAAGAGAUUAGUGAGAUGUUUAGGUGGAUUUCAGGGGUUUAAGAAUGGAUUAACGAUAAUGAUGUAAUUAAGAAAUAGUUAAUGAGGUUUUCGAUUUUAUGAAAAUAUAUUGAAUCUGUGAUUAUCAUUAGUUA